AUGCAGGCUGCAGUCGAAGGAUACCGAAAGUCCCAGUCCUCAGAUUCUCUCAGCAAGCAUAUCACCUGGGCCGAGAGUCAGAUGGCAAACAUGAAACAAGCGUUUACAGAAUACAUGAGCUAUCUCCAGCCACCGGAUGGAACCUCUCUCAAUGUUCACAUGCGUACGGUUUCCACGAAGUUCCCCAUUGAUAAGUUCAAAUGUGCGGUUUUCGACACGUUGGUUAAGGUCAUGAGGGUUCUUGAACCGCCUAUAUUGAUCCAGCUCGAACGCGGACAGCUCUGGGGGCUGAGCCGCGCAGACACGAAACAAUUGAAGGAUAGGGUAGGGCUCAAAUAA